AUGGCAAUUCGAUUGCAGUCUUUCCGGCUUCCGUCCUCCUUGCUUCUAGCUAUCUCAGCAUCCGCGGCUACAGCCACCGCUCUCACAACCCACCAAUUCAGUCACCCCUCUCCCACCUCUGCUGAUCGUCAUUCCACCUUCGUCAGCCAUUCGAACGAGCAGUGCAAUGGUCGUCGCAGGCUCGUGCUGCCGUCGCAUCUGGCUCGCCCACACUCCACGGACGACACGGAGCUGCCGUGCGGCGACGCCUGGCAGCACAACUACACCGCCUUCCACUCCUCCGCCCGCGCUGCGGCGCGCGAUCCAUCCGCGCGGGCGCAGGAGAAGGCGGAGCUGCGGUACCUGACGUUCACGUGCACGCCGGGGCUGUGCGGCGGGAUCGGCGACCUGCUCAUCGGGCUCGUGUCGUCGUUCCUGCUGUGCGUGCUGCAGGACCGAAUCCUCAUCGUCGACUAUCCCUGGAUGCUCCACGCCUUCGAGCCCAAUCACAUCGACUGGCGCCUCGGCGACGACGUCCCCAUGGACCCCGCGCGCCCAUUCCCGCCGGGCCCAAGAGACAGGCGCAGGCGCGGGCAGGCGGACCCGAACGAGGUGCAGGAGGGGGAGGUGCUCCGCGUGAAUCUGCACAACCGCGACCUGCCGAGCAACGUGACGGAUUUCUUUGAGCGCAUGCGCGCCGCGAGGAACAUACGGCUCAUGUGGAACCGCGGGCUGCUGGUGCGGCUGUACGAGGAGGACGGGCCCUGGUGGCACGAGCUGCACAGACGAGGACUCAGACUGCCGUCCGCAUUUGGGUGCAUUCUGCGAUACCUUAUCAUGCCGACGCCAGGGGUGCGGCACAUGGUGCGAGAGGGCAUCGCGCGGCUGACAUACCCGGGCACGGCGUCCAUCUGCAUCCACGUGCGCACCAGCGACAUCUCCACGUGGGAGCAGCCCAAGGUGGGCGAGAAGGUGAAGCCGCGCAAGGAGAACGUCAAGCGCCUGCUCAAGGGCUCUCAGCGCCUCUUUGCAUGCGCUCAGAAGCUGGAGGACUACUGGUAUUCGAGUGACGCCCCAGGCAUGGCAGUCAAGUGGGUGCUCAUGAGCUCGUCGCUUGGACUCAAGCAGGCUGCACAGAGGAAAUAUGGCAGCAAGGUCAUGACAACCGAUAUACAGCCCCUUCACAUUGAGCUUCAAGGCUUCUCAGAUGAACAAAGGGCGGAAGCCUUUCAAUCCACCGUGGCAGAAUGGUUGCUAUUCACACACUGCAACCACUUUAUCUUCACGGAGGCACCCCAUGCUGUGACCCGUCCUCCGCCCUGCCACCUCACCCUCCUGGAAGCAGAGUUGGCUGGCACCGCGCAUGUCCUUCCCCCCUUCCCCGCGACCGCGGGAGAGGUGGCAGGCACGCGCAGGACCAACGCAAUCACGGGAGCAGCAGGGGCUAAGAAACGGUCGCCAUCAUUGCGCGUGCUCGCCACACCAAGUCAAGACCGGUUCACCGAUCUGUACGACCUCGGGCAGAAGCUGGGGUCGGGGCAGUUUGGGACGACGUACGUGUGUCGCGAGCGCUCGACGGGGAACAAGUACGCGUGCAAGUCGAUCCCCAAGAGCAAGCUGCUCACGGAGAAUGACGUCGAGGACGUGCGACGCGAGGUCGCCAUCCUCUACCACGUGCAGGGGCAAGCGAACAUCGUGAACAUGAAGGGCGCGUACGAGGAUCGCGACUACGUGCACAUCGUGAUGGAGCUGUGCACGGGCGGCGAGCUCUACGACACCAUCAUCGAACGCAUCGAGGCGCGCGGCGUCCCCUACUCCGAGCACGACGCGGCGGAGAUGGCGCGCGUGAUAGUGCGCGUGGUGGAGCGGUGCCACGCGCUGGGCAUCGUGCACCGCGACCUCAAGCCAGAGAACUUUCUGCUCUCGUCGCGCGACCCCGACACGGCGGAGCUCAAGGCGACGGACUUCGGGCUGUCGUGCUUCUACAAGGGCGAGGGCAUGGCGCGCCACUGCGGGUCGCCCAUGUACAUGGCGCCCGAGGUCGUGCGCUGGCGCUCCGCCACGCAGCUCAUGGUGAAGCGCCCCGCCAAGUACGGCCCCGAGGUGGACAUCUGGAGCGCGGGGGUCAUCAUCUACGCGCUGCUCUGCGGCUUCCCGCCCUUCUACCACAGCAGCCAUUCGACGAAGGAGAUAUUCAAGGCGGUGCUGCGCGCGAACCCGUCCUUCUCCAUCCCGCCGUGGCCGUCCAUCUCCGACCACGCCAAGGACCUCCUGCGCCAAAUGCUGCACCCCGACCCCGCCAAGCGCCCCUCCGCGCACGAAGUGCUCUGCCACCCGUGGCUGGCAGAGGCGGGCGUGGCGCAGACGGAGCCGCUGCCGCCCGUGGUGCUGACGCGGCUGAAGCAAUUCACAUCGAUGGUGAAGAUGAAGCGCAUGGCCAUGAAGGUGAUAGCGGAGGGGCUGAAGGAGGAGGAGAUCCGCGGGCUGCGGGAGCUGUUUGAGGCGAUGGACACGGACAGCAGCGGCACCAUCACCAUGACUGAGCUGCGUGACGGGCUCAAGAAGUACGGCGCCAACCUCAGCGACGCUGAGAUCAGCAGAAUCAUGGAGGAGACGGACAUAGACCAGAGUGGGGAGAUUGAGUACGGGGAGUUCCUGGCGGCGACGCUGAAUCUGAGCAAGAUAGACAAGCAGGAGAAUCUGCUCAAGGCGUUUGCCUUCUUUGACACGGACGGCAGCGGCACCAUCACACUGGACGAGCUGCAGAAGGCGUGCGAGCAGCUCAAGAUGUCCACCGGCGAGGUCGAGGCCAUGAUGCGCGAGGUCGACGAAAACAAGGUCCGUGCCCGCUGCUGGGAGGGGGAGGAGGGAGCCAAAGGGGGGGCGCAGCGAGUUGAGGUGAGGCAUGGCGCACAGGCAGGAAUAGGCUUGGAAACCGGACCACCAGGGCACUCAGAGCGGCCGUCUCCAUCGCGCCACCGUCGCUGCAUCGCGCCAUUGCAAGCCAUGGCUGCUCUGCACCCGAGCGCCGUCGUCCAGCCAACGCGUCUCGCUAUCGGCCACUCAUCCCACCGCACCUCCGCGCGUCGCGUCGAAUGCAAUCCCGCGUUCGCGCCAUGCGCCAGCCACGCGCCAUUCUCCGUCGUUGCGCCAUCAGCCGUCAGGACCCGCCCGCUCCGCGUCAAUCAGAACAGUCGACGACCACAUUCGAGACGGCUGAUCGUUCGUGCGACAGAAAGCGACGAGGGCGCAAUUGCACGCCGGGUGGAGGAAACGCAAGGCGGGGAGGCGAGCAGCAGGGGCGCUGGUGAUGGCGAAAGGGGGGAAACCGCGGGUGAUAGUGGCGGAAAUGGUGCUCUUUCGGCGGGGACGGGUGUGAAUUCCGCGGAUGCGCUGGUCGCCGCGGAUAGUGCGCGAGGCGAGUCAGCAUCGUCGGUAUCGGGGGGAGAGGCAGCGGCGUCGUCGUCCCCCGGGUGGUGGACCGGCGUGUGGGGCGCGGGGGGCUGGCAGAAGCGGUGGAGCAUUGUGGUGCUCUGCUUCUUCGCCUUCCUGCUCUGUAACAUGGACCGCGUGAACAUGAGCAUAGCGGUGCUGCCCAUGGCGGAGCAGUUCCAGUGGACGCCCGCCACCGUGGGACUCGUGCAGUCCUCCUUCUUCUGGGGCUACCUCCUCACUCAGGUGGCGGGGGGAGUGUGGGCGGACACGAUAGGGGGAAAGCAGGUGCUGGGCUUCGGAGUGGUGUGGUGGUCGCUCGCCACCGUGCUCACACCCUUCGCCGCCUCCCUCGGCCUGCCCGCGCUGCUCUUUGCACGUGCCUGCAUGGGCGUCGGGGAGGGAGUGGCGAUGCCAGCGAUGAACAAUCUGCUGUCCAAGUGGGUGCCCGUGGGCGAGCGCAGCCGCUCGCUAGCUCUGGUCUACAGCGGCAUGUACCUGGGCAGCGUGGCGGGGCUGUCGCUGUCGCCCGCCAUCAUCCACGCCUUUGCCUGGCCCUCCGUCUUCUUCUCCUUUGGCUCCCUCGGCCUCGUCUGGUUCGCCUUCUGGCAGACCAAGGCGUUCAGCUCGCCUGCGGAGGACCCCAGUGUGUCGGCGGCAGAGAGGGCGCUCAUAGCAGCCGGGGGCGCACAGAAGGGGCAGGGGGCGGGCAAGGCGCAGGGGGGAGAGGGAGGGCCGCACCUGGAGGGCAGUGAGCCGCUGCGGCUGUCGACGAUCCCAUGGCGGCUGCUGCUGAGCAAGGCGCCUGUGUGGGCCAUCAUCAUCUGCCACUUCUGCCACAACUGGGGCGUCUUCAUCCUCCUCACCUGGAUGCCCACCUACUACCAUGAUGUGUUGGGGUUCAACCUGACGGAGUCGGGGCUGUUUGCAGUGCUGCCGUGGCUCACCAUGGCCAUCGCCUCCAACGUCGGUGGAUGGAUCGCCGACACCCUCAUUGCCCGCGGCCUCUCUGUCACCCUCGUGCGCAAGGUGAUGCAGAGCAUUGGCUUCCUGGGUCCGGCUAUCUGCCUCUCACUGCUCUCCACUGUCAAGUCACCCGUUGCUGCCAUCGCCCUGCUCAUGGUCUCACAGGGCACGGACGCCUUUUCCCAGUCGGGGCUCUACUCCAACCAUCAGGACAUCGGCCCGCGCUACGCGGGCAUUCUGCUGGGUCUGUCCAACAGCGCUGGCGUGCUGGCAGGGGUCUUCGGCACCUACGUCACGGGGCAGAUCCUGCAGAACGGGUCAUGGGACGAGGUGUUCACGGUGGCGGUGGGGCUGUACCUAGUGGGCACCGUUGUGUGGAACCCCCCCCUCUCACCUGAACCCGCGCUGCCAGGAGUGUCGUUGCUCCCCGGCACUCGCACGGGGGCGGGAGGAGCCGUUGUGCCGUCCUCGCUGCCAGGAGGCGGAGGGCUGUUGUCGCUGCCAGGAGGAGCAGCACUCGGAGUCGGUGCCGAGCUGAUCAUUGGUUCCGAGGCAGGUGCAGAGGCUGGGGCCGACCCUGGCGCGGCAGCAGGUUCGGAUGCUGGCGCUGGGGCAGGAGCGGGACCAGAGGGGCUGGGGGCAGCGGCAGGGACAGGAGCAGGAGCCGAGGCGGAGGAGGGGGCAGGGGUGGGGGCGACGGAAGGCGCUGAAGCUGGGGAGACCGAGGAACUGGGCGCAGCAGAGGGAGUCGGCGCGAGUGUGGGCGCGGACGCAGGGGCAGUGGCGGUGGGUGCCGGAGCUGGGGAAGGGACUGGCGCGGACGGCUGUUGCGAUAAACAAGGUGGCGCGCCCAGAGCGAGAAGGAGCACAAGGAAGACGGCGGAGAGUGCGGAACCCAUCUCGGCUCAGUGGGGCGACGAGGAGGUGAGACUCAGGAGUUGCGCUGAGUAUGAAUACCGCUGA